AUGGAUAAGCUGUCAGUGUCGGCGACGGACGUGCCAGAACCUCUACCGUCACACCAGGCGAAUACUCCUCCCCCGCCUCCUCUGCCCGAGAAGGACGAUGCCUACUUGAACUCGAUCUCCACAACUUCGGGCCCCGCGUUGCAGCCAAGCGAGCCAACCUCGGCCCCGAGCUCCGAAAAGGAGCUGCCAGACGUGCCCGGCGAUAGUGAUCCAGAGUGGAAACAAGGUAGUCGAAAUGGCCGGGCGCGGGAUGACAAUGAUUCUCAGCCAGAGAUCCAGACCAUCAUGGGUCAAUUCCAGGACCCAGAUAGGACUACAGGCCAGCAAGAAAUCAUGUCGCCUCGGAUGGAGCUUGCUGAGCAGUUUCGCGGCGGUCAGAACUAUUUCCCACCUCGCAAAUCCAGUCUCGAUCAUAUCCAGCCCACUUUGUCAGGGCCAUCGGGAGCUCACCCACCUGGUAGCCAGUCCUCUCCGGUCUCCCAAUACACUCACAAGUCGAUGGGCCCCGAUGAACCCACAUUGAGUCGGACAUCGUCGGUUUCAACAGUACUACCAAUGCCAGAACCCGAGCCAGACCAGCCGUUCGAUUUCCAUCGGUUCUUAGAACAGCUGCGUCACCGGACCGCUGACCCCGUGGCCAAAUUUCUGCGCUCAUUCCUAAUGGAGUUUGGAAAGAGACAGUGGAUGGUUCACGAGCAGGUGAAGAUUAUCAGCGAUUUCCUGGCAUUUAUCACCAAUAAAAUGGCUUUGUGCGAGGUCUGGCGAGAUGUCUCAGACAGCGAAUUCGAUAACGCCAAAGAAGGCAUGGAGAAGCUCGUCAUGAACCGUUUGUACUCGCAGACCUUUGCCCCAGCAAUCCCAGCCCCACCAAGCAUUCCCAGAAGCGCAAGCCGCAGUCGGCGAAGAGAGAUUGAACGGCUUCAUGGGCCGUGGCGGCGGGGUCAGCACCAGGAAGACAUUGAACGCGAUGAAAUUUUGGCGCAAAAGAUCCGCAUUUACAGCUGGGUCCGUGAGGAGCAUCUGGAUAUUUCGCCUGUGAGCGGUGGCGGACGUCGUUUCUUGACCUUGGCACAACAAGAAAUUUUAAAGCUAAAUGGCUACCGGGCUCCUCGGGAUAAAGUCAUCUGCAUCUUGAAUUGCUGCAAGGUGAUAUUCGGUCUUUUGAAGAAUUCCAAGAAGGCAGACACCUCCGCCGAUUCUUUCAUUCCACUCCUGAUCUAUGUGGUGCUACAUGCGAACCCAGAUCAUCUCGUUUCUAACAUUCAAUACAUCCUGCGGUUCCGCAACCAAGAUAAGCUCGGUGGCGAGGCUGGCUACUAUCUGUCUUCGCUGUCCGGAGCCAUCCAAUUCAUCGAGACAUUAGACCGCACCAGUCUCACUGUCAGCGACGAAGAGUUCGAGCGCAACGUCGAACAAGCCGUCUCCGCCAUUGCCGAACAAAACCGUGAGUCUGAAUCUCUAGCAGACAAACCUCCGCCCCAAUCAACAGCACCGGGCGGCCCAUCUCAACCCCUAGCCGGACCAAGCCGCAAAGAUGCGUCUCAGUCUAGCGACGACGAUACCUCCGCCCCAGUCGCAGGGCUCUUACGUACCAUCCAGAAACCCCUCACCACCAUCGGCCGCAUGUUCUCCGACGAUGGAGAAACAGGCCUAUCACAGGACCGCCCCCAACCCGUCGCAACACCACAACCAGCCAUUGCGCAGCCCCGCCUCACACCAAACGUCUACCAGCCCCCGCGCUCCAGUACCGAGAGCCGAAAAUCGAGUGACGAACGCCCACGACGGUCUCGAGAUGGUAGCAGCGCUCAGAAGAACCUGAGCCGUGUACUAGACGCAGAAGAUGCAGCGGCACGGCAGGCCAGUGCUGAAGACGCAGAAGCACGACGAAUCCAGCGCGCCGAGCAUAAUAACGUUGUUGAGACCCUGUCGAACAUGUUCCCCAACCUAGACCGCGAUGUCAUUGACGACGUGGUCAAGAUGAAGGAGGGAAGAGUUGGUCUAGCUGUCGACGCCUGUCUCGCUCUUAGCGCGGAAUAG